UCCAAGAACCACACGAUCAGCUUUCUUCCACUCGCCAUCGAACUUCCUCGAAGCCAUGGCGCCUCGCAGCCACCUCCUCGACCUGGAGACGGACGACGUGCUCUUCUUCUACGACGGCGCCUGCCACUGCAGUGACCGCGUCGGCGUGGCCGCCCGCGUUGUCGUCUUCCUCGCCGUCGCCCUGCUCCUCCAUCUCGUCGCCCCGUUCCGGCACGCCGCCGCCGCCUGCGGGGGCCUCUACGGCGCCUACUGCCUCCUCAUCGACCGCACCACGCGGCAGCCACGCUCGCGGUCUUCCUCUUCCGCUGGGCCGCUCCCUCGCGCCACUACUCGGCGCGUGAUGGCAGGCUGCGGUGGAGCAGGAAUCGUGUGUUCGAAAUGAUCGUCAGGAUUUGCGCGCCAUCUCCCUUGGAUGGAGAAGGAUAAAGGGUAUUUGCUGGAUGCUUGCCAUGGUUUUGUUGCAAAUCCUAUGGCUUACUAGCUCAAAUUAAACAAUAAACACCUUCCGAAUUAGCGAGAACCAGAAAAGGGAUCCUUUUUUCCUUUUUGAAACCAUACUAUAGAAAAAGGGUCCGGCUUGAAAAUAUUUCCCUGACGACGUCGUACGUACGUGUGGUGUCUGAAAUUGUAAUAUCAUCCCGCAAAGUUUUACGGGAAAUAUGAAUAGAUUGCAUGGUAAAAAAAACUAAAA